UCGGCACUUGCGUGUCAAAGGUCAAAUUUUGAUAAACAUUUGAUUUUCGGAGCGGCAAAAACUGAGCCGAUAAUUAUUCGAUUUUUUCAAGUACAGAUUCAUAUUUUAAGGUGACAAAUUUGAAACGAGUGCAAAAUGGGUAUCGUUGACCAAGUAAGGAUACUUCACGAGGAGGGAUUGUUUUCCAACGUGGCGAUUUUGGCUGGCCUAAUGAAGACAGCAAGCGAACAGAAUCCAGAGUUGCUUACCGGCCAAGAGAAGUACCAGUUACAAGUUUACUAUGCCGACGCGCUCUUUGAGAUGCAAGAAUAUAAAAGUGCUGAGGUUAUAUACAGGAAAGCCUUACAAGUCAAGAAGGUUUUGAACAAGAGUAAAGUCAAGAGCACACAGCCUCCAGCUCCAGCCGCUAAUACCGACGCUCUGCCAUCAGAGCUGAAUGUACGCUACAGAAUCUACGAAUGUAACUACCAUCAGAAGAACUACAGGGAGGCUAUCGCAGUGUUGGAGAGUAUCCCUGCGAAGCAGAGGAAACCGAAAGUCAACAUGGCGCUGGCGAAGCUGUAUCAGCGAAUCGGUAACGAGCGACCGGCCGUCACAAGCUUCAAAGAAGUUCUCAAGCAGUGCCCUUUAGCUCUUGAAGCGGUCCUGGGUCUGCUAUCGCUGGGAGUCAAAGGAACUGAAGUGGCUGCCUUGACAAUAAACAGUCUACCACACACCAACAACUUAGAGUGGUUGACAUUUUGGUUGAAAGGACAUGCCUAUAACGCCAGCAAGGACUACGCUAAAGCUGUCAGUACGUUUAAGAGUCUAGAGUCGGGGAGUGUACUACGAGAGAACAGUAACGUGCUGUGCUGUCUUGCAGAGAACCACUUCCUAGCGGGGGACCUGGCAAACGCUGCACUGGUCUACAAACGGGUUCAUAGUCUGGAUAUGUUGUGUCUAAGGGGAAUGGACAUCUAUGCCUACUUGCUUGCACAUGAAAAACGCACAGAGGAACUUAUGAGCCUUGCAUCUAAACUGAUGGCUGUUUCAGAACAGAGAGCCGAACCCUGGAUUGCUAUGGGAUACUACUACGCAAACAUACCGCUCAAGACGAGCAGGGCGGUCUAUUUUGCUCAAAAAGCGUAUCAGAUUGACCCGCGGAAUGUCCAAGCUCUACUCUUGAAGGGAAGCGUCUUGAAAGACAUGAGUAAGACCCAGGAAGCUCUGUUGCACUUCCGAGAGGCGGUACGGAUGGCUCCUUAUAGAUUUGAAGCUCAUCAAGGUCUGGUAGAAUGCUACAUCAAGGCUAGUAGAAUAAGAGAAGCCCUAACCACAGCGUCUAAUGCCUGCAAGGUGUUAGGUAACAGCGCCCGGUCCCUGACGUUGUUUGCCUACGUCCUGGCCAAAGAUAGUCUCACAGUGGAAAAGGCCAAGGCCAUGUUGGAGAAGGCGUUAGCCCAGGAACCAACGUAUCUCGAAGCCGUGUAUCUACUAGCUGAAGUCCUGGGUGAGGAGCAGCAAUAUACGGCAGCGAUUGAGUUAUUACGUCGUCAGUUACAACAUCAGAGUACGUGUCAGUUACACCAGAUGCUGGGGGAGUUUCUGUCUGCUAACAAUGAACUACAGGAAGCGUUGGACCAGUAUAGCAUUGCGCUGGGGAUGGAUCCGACCAACAAGAAAGUCCUGGAUGGAAUUCAGAAGGUAGAGAAGGUAACCGACAGCAUCGACCACGGCCAAGAUGACGACAUGGAAGCACUUGAAGAAAGCGGAGAAGAUGUGGAUUUCGAUGCCAGCGAUACCGAGGUCUCAUGGGCUGAUAAUGAGUGGUUCAGCUGAUGUGGACAGGAGCUAGUGGUCUGAAGUUGUUUCGCUAAUUGAUGUUCCCCUGACACAACUUGCAAGAAUCUGCAUAUUUAUGUUGUUAGAGCACUGGAACGGCAAUCCAAAGGUUGAAGGUUCAAACUCACCGAGUCAAUUUCUUUGUUCAACUUUAAAACAAUCACAAAAGCCUGUUUCAAAUGUAUGUUUUGCUAGUUAACCAAAAGAUAUAAAAGCGAGAUAAAAGUAGGAUGAAUACUCUUUUUGGUUGAGAUAUAUUUUAUUCUUAAUUGCAACACUAACAGUGAGUACUAA